ACUUAGCAUCUGUUUUGUUUUGGUAUCAAUGGUCUCAGCGGAGGAGGUACUAAGCUUGAAAGAAGAAAAUGUCGUUUUUGUUUUAGUUAAGUUUAAUCAGGCAGGGUGAGAGGUUGCUUUUUGAUCAUGCCUUCGAUGCACCUACCUGAUCGAAGCUUGGUAGCCGUCAUCUUCGAGACGAUUAUUUUCCUCACAAUGUGCGCCGUAAGUGUCACAGGAAAUACUCUGGUGCUUUUGGCUGCGUACAAAAGCCCUAAACUGCGAUUGACCACGAAUCUGUACAUCAUAGCUCUGGCAGUGAGUGAUUUGGUCUGCGCAACUGUAGAAAUGCCGAUAGCUGCAACAACAGUAAUCAAGGGAAAGUGGAACUUUGGUGACGGAGUAUGUCAGUUCCAAGGUUUCGUUGAUGUAUUCGUUACGUAUGUGACUCCUGCGACAAUGGGCUUAACGGCGUUUAACAGAUACAUGCGGUGUGUCAAGACCCACAACUACAACAAAAUAUUUUCUCCUCGAAAGUCUAAGAUUUGGCUGACUUGUGUCUGGAUAUCUUUGGCAUCGUAUCUCGUCAUCGCCCGAGCGACAAACUGGAAUAAGUACCAGUUUAUUGCUGGUUACGCCCUAUGUAGCGUAACUUUUACAACAAGAGAAAGAAAGUUUGUUCACUACUGCAUCGUUUUCGGCUUAUAUUCUCUCUUACCGUUUUCCGUCGCCUGCUUUAGUUAUUGGAAAGUUUUCUCCAAACUCCGCCAUCACAAACGUCAGGUUCUUCCAUCUCUUGAGAACAGCGUUAACCCUCAGAGCCGAUUAUCUGCGCAUGAAAUCAACAUAAGCCGGGCGUUGUUGUACGUGGCAGCAGGAUUUUUGUUCUCUUGGAUCCCACUGUGGGUUUUCGCAUUUUGGAAGCGCUUUUCUCCAGAGACAGUUCCCAGAUUUGUAGAGUUGGGUGUCGUCCUUAUGUUAUUUUUGAGUGCCACAAUAAAUCCUUUUAUUUAUGCAGCCAACAGUCGCGUUUUGAGAGGAGAAAUUGGCAAUUUACUUUGUUGGUGGAAAGUCAGAAGGAGUACAACGGUAAGAUAUGAUCACGAUAAAAACGCUAGACAAGAAAUGAAACAGCUACAGGUUCAUGAAGAUCGCCGGUAACAACUAAAGAAGUACGGGUCCACAUCUAAACUGAACGUUUGUUUCUAUUCAAACAGUCUAUGCCCGUCGGUAAGCUCAAUAUAUACGAAAGCUAAGAAAUGCAAAACUGAAAUACGCGAUUUAAAUUUAUAUACCCAUCCAACUUUACGGGAGGAAUUGCAUAUAAAUGUUUAUGAAGUUAAAUUUACUGAAUUGACGCAGACCAAUGAUAAAGCUAACUAGGGUAAUCCGCUGGGCAUGAAACGACAAGUGAACUCUCUAAAUGAGUAUUUCUUGAAACUGAUUAUUCGAAAUUCGCUGUAAAUAUAUAUUAACACAUUAGUUCUUAUGGAGAUCAUGCCUCUACAUUAUUUACAUUCAAGCGUUUAACUAUGACGUUUCCAUGAACAUGUUUAAUAAUAAAGAACUGAUAGCGUUGGUAUAAGUAAACAC